GCACGCGAACAACCGGUGACCAACAACACAACCAUGUUGGAGGAGCAGGAGGAUGGCAUCUUCUACCUGCAGCAGGUAACUAUUACAGAAGAAAGUGAAGGUGAUUACCAAUAUGAAGAGAUUCCUGCUGACGACGACAUCAGUAUUCUAGAAGGAGAUGAAAGUUUGGAGAGUAUAGUGAAAACAAUAGAGCAACAGAAUGAAGAUUUAAAAGCUACAGCUCAGGAGGGUGAUUUGUUUCUGGAGCACACUGAGCCCCAAAGACCAGAAGUAGUUGAUGAUUUUCUAAGAAAUUUUCUUAUCAAGAUGGGAAUGAUGAAAACUCUUGACUGUUUUCAAACUGAAUGGUAUGAAAUGCUGCAAAAAGGCUCACUAAAAUUGGAGGAGGUGGGAUUUGUUCCUGAUGUGUAUGCUCAAAAUCAGCUGCUGGAGAAUGAGGUGAAAAAUUUGAAAAAAGAUCUUGAGGGCUGCAAGAUAACAACCAACACAGCAAGCGAAACAUUAGUAAAACUUAGGAAAGAACGUGAUUUCCAUAGGAUGCAUCAUAAGCGUGUGGCACAAGAAAAGAACAGACUCAUUAAUGAUAUUAAAAGGCUUAAGAAGCACUAUGCAUCCUUUGAACCUACCCUAAGCAAGAUCAAAGAGAAAUACAACACUGCAAUGAAGCAAAAAAUGCUGACAGGCUUGGAGAAAGACAGAGCUCUUGUGCAGGUGUCAGGUUUGCAAGCAGCGUUACGUGCCAUAGAAAGUGGAUGGGAAUUGCCAGUUGCUAUGACUUCAGGCUACAAGGGUCACAGUGAAUGUAGAAAAGAUGGUCCUAGCCAUAGAGUGCUUGCUGAAGCUAGAGCACUUGCUGAAGCUAAAGAGGAAAGACAUCAUUAUGGUCCACCUCAAGAUUCAACAAAGCAUUUGGAUUCUGAAUUUCCAAUUGACACAAGAGUGAACCCGUACCUUGCUCAGAUGAAAGGAUCUCCGAGUAAUUUGCUUAGAUCAGGUGGAUGCAAAAUGACAAAAACUCUGAAAGUACAUGAGCUGGCAGUAAGCUGCCUAGCUCUUCAUCCACGGAAACAAAUCUUGGUGACUGGAAGUGAUGAGCGCCUCUGGAAGAUGUGGUCCAUUCCCAAUGGUGACAUUAUCAUGACAGGUGAAGGUCACGGUGAUUGGCUUUCUGGCUGCUGCUUCCAUCCCAGUGGUAACAUGCUUGCUACAACCAGUGGAGACAAAACAGUGAAGAUAUGGGAUUUUGCGAAGGUUGAAUGUGUAUUCACAUUUACUGGCCAUCUUCAUGCUGUCUGGGGCUGUUCAUGGCACACCUGUGGUGACUUUGUAGCAUCUUGUUCGAUGGAUAACACCGUUAAGAUCUGGGAUAUUAACAGUCAGAGAUGCAGACAGACACUACGAGGUCAUGUCGAUUCUGUGAACAGCGUUGAGUUUCUUCCCUUCUCUAACACACUGCUCACCAGUGCAGCGGACAAGACCCUCUCUCUUUGGGAUGCCAGAACGGGACUGUGUGCUCAAACUUUCUUUGGUCACCUACAUUCCUGCAAUGAUGCUACCUUUAACCUGAAGGGUGAUACGGUUGUUUCCUGUGACUCAUACGGAAUACUAAAGCUUUGGGAUGUGCGGAAGGUAGCAAUAAUGCUAUCAGUUGAUGCAGGCCCUCAUCCUGGUAACCAAGUGAUCUUUCACCCAUCAGGUCAACUGGUGGUCAUGGCCAGCAACGAUGGGACUGUGAAGAUAUUGGAUCUGCCGUCGGGCCAGUUGCAUAGUCUAACGGGACAUGAUGAUGCAGUGCAAUGUGUGCUGUUUGAUCACAAGGGUGAAUACGUGGUGUCAGGAGGUUCCGACGGUACUGCCCGCCUCUGGACUUGAAGCAACAGUCAGAAUAACCUAACAUUGAUUCUACAUUUUUUUUUUUCCGUUUGAGAUGUGUGUUUGACUCUUACCGUAAUUGAUCAGAUUUAUUUCUGUUGAAAAAUUGGAUAAUAAAAUGGCGAGUUCUCCUAAACUUUGUAUCUGCGGUUUGCAACAAUCAACCUUGUUCAAUUUUGCUUUUACCAACCUUGUUCAACUUUCGUUACUUAAUAAAUU